CCAGCAUGCUGUCAUAUUUGCAAAGAUCUACAACCGUAAAAUUCUCUCAUAAUUCAGACCCUGUAAAGAUUCCCUUGAACACGUCCGAAAAGACAUCCUUGCCACUCGACGAGUUUAUUGCCCAAACAUGUCCUUCGUUGAUUGGACCGCAGGCCACCUACACACCCACACCAUAUCUCUUCAAUGGUCACCUUCAAACUGGAUAUUCUGCCAACUACAACAAGCUGGAUCCUCAUACCCUGUUUUAUGAAAGAGAGUUAUUAAAGAUGCCAGACGGUGGUCAAGUAUCGCUUGAUUGGACUCUUCCGUUGGAUAAACGGCCUCUGGGAGACACUCCGACUCUUGUGUGCCUUCAUGGUUUAACUGGAGGAAGUCAUGAAUCUUACAUUCGUGGAGUUUUGGAAUUAAUUACUAGCCCACCAUUCAAUUACCGAGGUGUCGUACUAAAUGCCCGUGGAUGUGGAAACACAGAAAUCACCACACCUCGACUAUUUAAUGCUGCUUACACAGAUGACAUCCGAGAAGUCGUCAAGCACAUCCAGUCAAAGCUAGCUCCAGGAACGCCCUUGAUUGCCAUUGGGUUCUCGCUUGGCGCUAACAUUCUAGUAAAGUACCUCGGUGAAGAAGGUGAAAAGGCCCCUUUCAAGGCAGCCCUUUCAAUUGGAAAUCCAUUUGACUUGUUAAACGCAAAUAUGGCAAUGAUACGAGGUCCGUUUACUAGUCGCGUGUACGAUCCUCAUAUGGCUGCCAAUUUGAGAGGAAUUUUUGCAAAGCAUAUAGAAAUCAUGUCACAGAACAAGGACAUUGAUCCUGAAAAGGUUAUCAAUUCUGUAACCAUCCGAGAGUUUGAUGAAACUUGUACGCGUCGAGUAGCUGGAUACUCUACCGUCCUCAACUAUUACCGCGACGGAAGCUCGUGCCGCUUUGUAGAGCACGUCCGAAUUCCACUCUUGUGUAUAAACGCAAUGGACGAUCCUGUGGCUGUAUCAGAGUGCAUUCCGUACGAUGAAAUUACAAUCAAUCCUUACGUUGUGUUGGCUACAACAGACUACGGUGGUCAUCUAGGCUGGUUUGAAUACUCUUGGAAGCCAACUCGCUGGAUCAAUAAGCCUAUCGCCGAGUUUAUUGUAGCAAUGUUCCAAGUCCAUGAUAUCCGUACGCCCGAAUUUAAAAAGACGCUUGAUCCUAAGGCUGUUGAUGCUGCUGUUGAUAAUUUCAAUUCAUAAUACAUAGUAGAUAUUUCAACCAAAAGUGAAAUUCUACAAACACAUACACACAUAUAUAUACAUAUUCAGAUAUUAAAAUAUAUAAGCAUAUAAGCAU